CUACGAAGAAGACGAAGAAGAGAAAGAUUCAUCCACUGAAGACGUCUUCGCCUCCGCCGCACGUCAAGGCUUUGACGGAGGUAAUCGCCACGACAGAGGUGAAGCAAAUCGUGGAGAACCCGCAUUUAACGCAAAAGAUCAAGUUGCCGGAUGGACGGACCCUGUGUUUCUCGGAGGUGGGAAUGCAUGGAGGGUUCCCGGUUAUAUGCCUGGUUGGAAUGGGACUGAAUCGUAUGAUUACAGCCUUUUACGAUGACCUUGCACAUUCGCUCGGGUUGAGGAUCAUUACCCCUGACCGUCCUGGAGUGGGAGGCAGUGAUCCUGUAUCCGAUUUCGACCGGAGAGUCUCCACAUGGCCAGAAACUGACCUUGCACCACUUCUUUCGCAUCUCAACAUCAACAAGUUCAUCCUCGUUGGCAAUUCUUUGGGAGCUUGCUACGCGUUAGCCUCUGCACUUCACUUCAAGUUUGCGAUUCAUGGUAAGAUCUAUCUUCUUUCGCCAUGGAUCGCGGAAAGUCAACUUCCAGCCAAGGACGCCGCACCGAUAAGUCACCGCUUCCUCCGUGCGCUACCAUCCGGGCUGUUGAAGACGGCACAAUCUCUCAUAUCGCCUUACGAAUCGACAGGGAAGGACGCAGACGUCAUCGUUCCCGGCGAUGUCACGGCGAGCAUUUGGGCAGCCGCCACGACAAAUGCGAAUGCCGCGAUUGACUUGAUGACUUCAUUAGAGAGGCCGAACAAGAUGGGGUUCAAGUUUGAGGAUGUGAAUCAGGAGGUCAAGGUGUGGCAUGGAAGUUUGGAUUCGAGAAUAUCGCCGGGAAGAGUACAACAGGUCGUGGGAAGGAUGAAUAGGGGUGAAGUGAUCGUUGUUGAGGGUGCAGGACAUGGGUUGAUGGGAAAUGCAAAGGUGGUGAGCGAGGUGCUGACGGAGAUUGCGAGAGAUGUUGCAAUGCGUUGACGAGAGAAGGGACUAUUUAUCUUUCACUGGCUCAAGGUUGCUACAUCUCGGCUGGAUCGACACCCACGCCGAUGCCCAUGGGUUCAUGAAGAUCAUGGUCAAGGGUAAGAG